CUGCUUUGAAAUAACUAGCGGGUCAGUUUUAACUAAAAGAAGAUAGACUGUGAACGAGGAAUUAUUUCUAAGUGAUAUAAAAUAACAAAUGAAAGGAGUUGAAACUAUACCUGUAGGUCAGUCAAGUCUGUCCUGUGUCCACGGGUUAACAGCACCAGAGAUGACUGGUGUUGUCCAUUUACUUUGGUGCAUCCAGUGUGUUGUCUCCUUCCUGUCCCAUGUACACACACACACGCACACGCACACGCACACACACACACACACACAUCGCUCAGGGUCUCUUGUAACUGGACCGUAGAGGUGGGUUGGAGGGUUGUGACAGAAAUAAACACGUGAUGACGCCCCCGUCCACUGCUCAGCCCCACAGACUCCGGUUCACACACACAAACACCGUUUAUAUAUACUCAUACUGCUCCUACAUUUUCUACCUUCCCUUGCUGCCAUCGGAGGGAGAAUACAUAGGUUCAUAGCGGGGACAUGGCAGGGCUGCUGUGUGGGACAAAGAGGAAGAAACAAGUGAGUGAUCUCCAAGAGGAGGGGAAGAAUGCCAUCAAUGCUCCUAUGCUUCCCCCCGGGACGGACAUCCAUCCAGAGGACACACUGCUGGAGGAAAAUGCUGAGAGGAUCAUGUUAGACCCAACGUCACGGGACAAUCUUAAAUUUAAAGAUCUUCUGAAGGUCCUGAUCGACUGGAUCAACAGUGAGUUGGAGGAAGACAGGAUCAUAGUCAAAGACCUGGAAGAGGACUGUUAUGAUGGACAAGUGCUCCAGAAGUUAUUUGAGAAGUUGUCCGGCAGGAAGCUGAAUGUGGCCGAGGUGACACAGUCAGAGAUCGGACAGAAACAGAAGCUUCAGACGGUUCUGGAGGCGGUCAAUGAACUUCUGAGACCUCACGGCUGGACCAUUGAGUGGAGUGUUGACUCCAUCCAUUCAAAGAACCUGGUGGCCAUCGUCUACCUGCUGGUGGCUCUCGCAAUGCACUUCCAGGCCCCCAUCAGACUGCCGGAGCAUGUUUCUGUGCAGGUGGUGGUAGUCAAGAAGCGCGAGGGCAUCCUGCAGACUGCUUUAGUGACCAAGGAGCUGACGAGCACCACAGAAAUGAUGAUGGGAAGGUUUGAGAGAGACGCAUUCGACACUUUGUUGGAUCACGCGCCUGACAAGCUCAACGUAGUGAAAUCGUCUCUCAUCACCUUCGUAAACAAACACCUGAACAAGCUGAACCUGGAGGUUACAGAGCUGGAAUCUCAGUUUGCUGAUGGAGUGUACCUGGUUUUGCUGAUGGGGCUGCUAGAAGACUACUUUGUCCCUCUCUACAACUUCUUCCUCACCCCUGAGAGCUUCGAACAGAAGGUCCACAAUGUGGCGUUUGCCUUUGAGCUGAUGCAGGAUGGAGGCCUGAAGAAACCCAAAGCCAGACCAGAAGAUGUUGUCAACCUGAACCUCAAAUCCACCCUCAGAGUCCUCUACAACCUGUUCACCAACUACAAAAACUCUGAUUGAAUGUGUCCCCCCCCCCCCCCCCGUAUCACUCUGAACACUGCCCUAGUGCCUGUGUGGAUAUUUUACAUUACAGUCUGGACACUGGAGGAGACCAACUGGGACUGAAAGUCAUAAUUUUUUCAGACUUAAAAAGACCCAUGGGGAGUAGCCAGGAAAAGGCUCAGAAUCUUUGUAUUUAAUCUUUCCCUAAUGUCACAAUUUAUUUAUUCCUUCCCCGCACGUUAACUGUAGCCCAGAAAACCCCACAACCUUCAGCCUGAAUUUGAAUAUUUCGCUGUCGCUGCAGGAAAAAUGUACGAGGGCAGAAUGUUAACACUGGAAACUUUACUGCGUGUUCAACUCGACUCGUCAUUAGGGAAUGUUUAAGAAAGUUGAAAAUGCUGUUAUAUUUUAUAUAUAAUCUUAAAGUGCUUUAUGUAAAUAUUUAAAGAACAGAAAUGGAAAUAAAGUAAUAGAAAUAAACGUGUUCACCUUCAUCAAAAGAGUUUCAUUGAAAUAUCAAAAGCUCAGCUAACCUUUAGCUAACCUUUAACAUUUAGCUCUUUAAGUUGGUUACUGUAAUCCGUAACCAUUGGUCAUGAUACUGAAAAUUGUACGUUAAUUAAUAUGUCACACAUUUGCCAAAAAUAUUCAAGAAAUACAUUUUUGAACAUUA